AUGUGUUAUAUACAUAUAUACACCUCAAUAAUUACCAUUUUUUCAAUCACAGACGCGGUGACUACAGAACCAGUAGAUAACGAGCCACCUGUCUUGAUUUCUGAAUUGUCAAUUCCUCCUCCCGGUGCAAAAUUCAGUAAUAAGAAAGGAGACGAAGUUCCUGAAACGUGGAGUUUAACAUUCACAAAACCAUUCGACAGACCGAAAAAGCCUUCGUUUAUCCGCCUCAAAGAAAGUGGCCACAAAAAGACAGAGGAAAUUGCAAAAUUUAAUGUUGCUAAUCUAAGAGAGGUUGUAUUUGUGGACGGAAAACAAAGUUCAACCGUUGAAUUCAAGCCACCAUUGAAAAAAUUAAAAGAUGGUGUCCGCUACAUAAUUGAAGUUGAUGCUGGAACAGCUAUCGUCUUCCAACCUGACCCAUGCGGAAAUGCACCCGCAGAAAAUCCAAAUCCAAUGUCAAUGUAUGGUUUUGAAACAAAAUCUUGCAAAUCUACGCCUCCACCAAAAAUGUUGCCCACAGAAUCUACACCUUCAGAAGGCAAGCCUAUGACAAGAGGAAAAGCAUGGCAAAUCAAAUUCAAUACUAAGAUUAAGCGUCCUUCGAAUCCUGCUUUUAUCAAAGUCAUUAAGGCAGACGGCAAUAUUGAAGUUGCCAGUUUCGAUACGUCCGACCCGACCCAAGUUGAGUUCCCGAGUGAUGACGCAACUGUACUGCGGUACACACCGACGUUUGAAAUGGAAGAUGACAAACAAUAUUCGCUUUCUAUUGGCAGUGGCAUUGCAGUGGCUGCAAAGGCAGGGAAAUGCAGAAACGACCGGAAAGUGAACGAGAAUGUUCUGUCUCACUACAACUUUUUAUCACCGCCCCCACUAAAACCAUAUUCAUCAUGCGGCGAAAACAGUAUGACGUUUUACGUACCUCAUAAAGUAGUUAAUAAAAUGGAUCCUACUCUACUCCAUCUACACGAUAAACGAUGCAAAGCUGAAAGGCUUGACAAAGAUUAUUUGGUUAUCACAACAUUCUACGACGAAUGUGCCACAAAGUCUAAGCGUUUGGGACCAAAUUCUAGGCGUUACAUAAACACACUUCGUAGCUCACCGAAACCUGUAUUUGAAGGCGCGUCAGCAACAAGAGAAGUGCAAAAAGUGGACAUACGAUUUGUUUGUGACGUCACAGGUUCAGGAGUGAACGAUCCCCGAUACAACUCUAACAAUGGUGUCGAAGGAAAGAAGUAUUCUGGCAGCUCUAAAAUGAAAACACAUCUUGCGCUGUAUACUGAUGAAACCUUUACAGAGAAAACUACAACGAGAUUCCCCAACGUCUCUUUCAGCAAUACACUGUACUUUGCCGGCAUAGCUGAAGAUUCCAAUAAUCGACUGGAAAUCGAAAGCUGCAGAGCUACGGCUAAGGACAAGACUUGCACUACAGAUGAUGAACCUUAUGUCCUCAUUGAGAACGGGUGUCCAGUAGAUUCAACUGUGACGUUCCUCGACUCAAAGAAAUCUCAAGUUAGGUUCAGUAUAUCUGCAUUUGGAAUCACUGAGAAGGGACUCGACCAUGAUGUGAUUGUGCGUUGCCGGAUGAUAGCGUGUGACUCUGAAAACUCGGCCGAUUGUGAUAAACUGCAAACUGCUAGGAAAUCAUGCGGACCACCAAAAGGAUAAGCUUGGAUAGCACCAGACCCCAGGUUUUUCUGCCUACCAAGUCACACAAAUGUAUGUCGUAUCAAUGAAGCAAAAAUAUAAAGGAAAUCUUUAUUGGCCGACUCUCCACAUAGGAAAUAGGCCUAAGCGUACAAAGCUCAGGAAUUUGAAGAAACCCAUGGUUAUACACUAAAUUCAGUUUCCAGCCAUUUAUUUGUGCAUAAGUCAUAGAUAUCUUAUUCCCACUAUACAUAUAUAGUUUAAUACAUUACUACAACUGGUUGUUUCUGUUUCAUUUUUUUAAAAUGCUAUUAUGCUUAUCACAAACCUCGUUUGAGUUAAUAAAGCACAUUUCUAAAUCUCUAAUUAAACUGGCCACAUACCAUUUCAACAUGAA